AUGUUCUACACAUUGGUGAUAAUAUCAGUUAUAGAGAAGUUAAAAUAUAUUGUGUUAAAAGUUGAUGAUUAUAACGAAGCUUCUGCUGCUGCUGCUGCUGAUGAUGAUGAGGAUGAAGAGGUUGAAGCGUAUGAUGAAGAUUAUGGACAUGAUGAGGUAUGUGAGGAUGUUGAUGAUGAUAAUGGUGAAGAUGAUGAAGUGGAUGAUGAAGAUUUCGGAUACGACGAGGUUUGUGAAGAUGAUGAUGAUGAUGAUGAUGAUGAUGAUGAUGAUGAUUUGGAUGAUGAUGAUGAUGAUGAUGAUGAUGAUGAUGAUGAUGAUGAUGAUGAUGAUGAUGAUGAUGAUGAUGAUGAUGAUGAUGAUGAUGAUGAUGAAGUGUUUGAAGCGUGUGAUGAAGAUUAUGGACAUGAUGAGUUAUGUGAGGAUGUUGAUGAUGAUAAUGGUGAAGAUGAUGAAGUGGAUGAUGAAGAUUUCGGAUACGACGAGGUUUGUGAAGAUGAUGAUGAAGAUGAUGAUGAUGAUGAUGAUGAUGAUGAUGAUGAUGAUGAUGAUGUUGAUGAUGAUGAAGAAGAAGAAGAAGUAUAUAACAAUGAUGAGGAUGAUGAGAGUGAUACGGUUGUGGCGGGUGAGGAUGAUGAAGAGGGUGUUGAGAGUGAUACUGUUGUCGAGGAUGAGGAUGAUGGUUAUGAUAAAGUAUGUGAAGACGAUGAUGAUGAGGAUGUUGAGGUUGAUGAACAUGAUGAUGAUGAUGAUAAGGAUGAUGAUGUUGAAGCGGAUGGUGAAGACGAUGGAUAUGAUAAGGUUUGUGAUGAGGAUGAUGUUGAUGAGGAUGAUAAUAAUGAAGCGAUUGAUGAAGAUUAUGGAUAUUAUGAGCUAUAUGACGAUGAUAAUGAUGAAAAUGAUGAAGCAAAUGAUGAAGAUUAUGGAUGUGAUGAGGUUAGUAACGAUGAUGAGAAUGAUAAUUAUUUUGCAGAUGAUGAAGCGGAUGAUGAUGUUUAUGGAUAUGAUGAGGUUUGUGAAGAUGCUGCUGCUGCUGCUGCUGAUGAUGAUGAUGAUGUUGAUAAUAAUAAUAAUAAUAAUAAUAAUAAUAAUAAUAAUAAUAAUAAUAAUAAUAAUAAUAAUAAUAAUAAUAAUUUGAUAAUAAUUCUUAUUUUGAUUUUCUAUCAAUUCUCCUUUGAUUGGUAUAGGAUGAAGGUAUUCAAAGAAGGAGAAUACAGAAUGGAACAAUUAAGAAGAAUGUGA